UGGUGUUUGCUCGUUUUUGGCGCUUCGACGAGCCUGCGGGGCUACAUGCUCCCUUUCCGAUGACAAUCACCAGCCGCCUGACCGCAACCAGCGAUCCGAGCGAUCAGGCGGCGGCGCUGCGAGCGCUCGAGGAGUUUGUGCAUCGUCUCUUCGUCUUUGAGAUCCCUAGAAACUUCUUCAUCCAGAUGGGAGUGAUCGGUAUUUUCCUCCUGAUCUCUUUCAUGCUGGGAGCUUCGGUGGUCAUACAUCGGCUGAUUCAAGGAAAGUUUUGGCUUUUCAAACUCAUGCGCAAAUCGGAUGGGACGUACGUCGUGCCGAAUGCCUUCAACAACUUCUUGAUAUUCAAAGGCAUCUUUACAAUCAUCUGGAUCUUGCUCACCAUUGCCAUCUAUCUCUGCUACGACCGUCGCUUCGGCCACCUGCAGCACAACAUCGUCAUUUUGAGCGCGGGCACGUGGAUCCCUCUCAUCUUCGGGGCCACCUUUUGCGGCUGGGGCACCUUUUACGCAGCCCCCGGCGCUCUUGAGGGCGACUUUGUCACGCAGCGCAAUUCUUUAUGGAGGAACCUGAAGCCAUACCUGAUCAACACCAUCGCGUUCGGCUCGCCAGUACUCCUCAUUGCCAGCACUCUGGCCCCCGCCUCCGUGGCACAGCGCAAGCUCAGCCACGCAUUCGACGACUAUCAGUCUUGGUCCGCGCAAACGCUCACAUUGGCAAACGCCUCUGCCGCCCUGCCACAGCAAGACCUCGACAACCUCUUGUCCCGUGCCAGCGGCAUCUGGGACGUGCAAGCCAACGCAUUCGGUUUGCUGGGUGUCACCUACCUCAUCUGGUCAGUAUGGACAGGCAUCUUCACAUUGUUCUACGCGCUCGGCGCCGGCUGGCUCGUCCUUGUGCUCUUUCGGGAGCUCAGGACGCAGCACAGGCUCCUUAAUGCUAUGCAAAAGAAGCAUCAGCAGGACGAAAAGCGUCAGAAGCAGGAAGCGCUGCGAGAGAAGUGGCGCACCUCGUCUGUGAUCACACCCGCAUCGCCCACGCUUGUCAACCCUGACUGGCGACCGCUCCCGGCCCCAGGUCAAGGCACGGACUCGCUGCUCUUCGCUCUGCUGAGCGAAGGCACAAAGGCCGCAGACCCAACUGAUCUCGAAAAUCCCAUGGAUCAGGCUCCGAGCCGGCCGUGGUCGCCCAAGGAAGUCUUUUUCCCUCGACUUCAGAAGGAAGCGAGAAAGCGAGCUACGCGACGCAUCACCUCCACCGACACGCCGUUUGCUCGCUUCCACCAUAUGCGACGAUGCUUCCUCAGCCUGGCAAUCCUGUAUUUUGGCGUCCUUUGCGGCGCUACCCUCUACUUGGUUAUCACCAGCCGGCUCGGCAGCCAGAUGUUCAGCGCUGCACUCCAGGGUCCCACAGCCACCACGCGACUCAUUUACAGCAGCUAUCUACCAGCAGCUUGGGGCGCCUGUGUCUUUGGCCUCUUGACGAUCGGCAGUAUCUUUGUUCGCGACCUCGACCCAGCGUCGGCGCCACGGCUGUCGUGCGAUCGACGCAAGCAAGGAAACGCACAUGAGCCGGCGCAAAACGACAGUGAGCGAGCUGGACAACACAGACGGAGCAACAUCUUCAUAGCUGGCUUCGCCAAGUAUAACAGCACGUCCAUGGGCUCAGACAUACAUCGGAAUGGAUCGUCAAACAUUCGGAAAUUGUGCUCGCAACGAGACACGGUGACGAGCCGGACUGGGGCGCCAACGUCCGACUCUUGCACGUCGCCGCCGCCACCCCUUACACCGAUUAUCCCACGCUCCUCGGACGAGCAAGGCAUGCGAUGGGACGGCUCGCAGGUCUUGAGCUUGAGUCCAAGGCGCAGCCGGGAGGCCCAAUCAGUCGGUUCCAGCAGACAGAUUCGUUUGCGGAAGGAGACGUUGACUAGGGUGGACAACACCGCUGGCAUGAUAGUGUGCAGCUCUGCUAUGCCUGAAAUGGCCGAGCACAGAGGGUCGACUUCGACGGUCCGCCGCAAGACCGUCUACUCUCCGAUACCGUUUGGUCCCAUACGAGCGCCUGCUCGACUGGAUGUGCGGCUAUGGGUACUAGAGCGCUCGCCUCCACCCGUCCCUCCUUACAUUCCGUCCAUGGCUGAGCCUCGUCAGAGCUUGGGAGACCUGCACAGCGGCGUCGUCUACGCAGGCGAGGAUAACUUUGAAUCGUCCACAUCCAGUUUCCUACCAUCUAUCACGGCUUCGACUAGCGUAACGAAGCAUCUUCAACCGUUCCGUGCAGCUUCUUUGACAAGUCUUUCUAGCGCAGAGCCAAGUAGUCCGGAGAGCAUCAACAACUUGUUGAGAGACGGCACCACACCACGUCGGAGCAAGACUUCGACAUGGGUCUUACGAGAACUGGCCGACAUGGAUAGGGCGCGCGCCACGAUGGGUCUGGAGCCUUUGCCUAGGCGAUCGAGUCGCGCCGGCACUUCAUCUUUAGUGUCAGCAGCGGAAGGGAACCCUUGCGCAAGCUCUUUGCUGGAAGGGAUUGCUCCGCGUCGAAUGGCAUUUGCCAAGAUGCGCAGCCAGCCACACCUCUCUGCUGACAUUGGUGAACACGUUCUUGGUGCCACCACGACUGCUUCGAGCAGUCUGGAGAUACCACGAGCUUCCCUGCGACGCGCGUCGGAUCAAUGGUUGCGACCGGUCUCACAGGCGCUCUCGCCACAAUUCAAGGGCUGGAACAUCUUGCACGAUUAUUCACUUGCCUCUCCAUUUAUUCAGACAUCCAGCUUCAAUGCCGCAGAUGAAGAUGCCGAUCAGCGGCCUCUGACACCCUUAUCACCGCGACUGAAGCGACCUCGCUUGCCAUCGAUCUAUGGUUCGCCUGUUCUGGGGGCUCGCCACGUCUCGAAGGCAGACAGGGAAGCAACACGAUCGCGACCACCAACCGUCCAUUGAUUCGACCUCAAUCGCCAGGAAUCGCAUUCUGAUUUUCGCCUGCAUCAUCUAUGGAGGCUAUCUGCCCCGAUAAGAUCACUCAGCGCCGUCUCUCAAAGUACUUGCCACUGAUCCACUUCUGGUUGAGACCUGCGCGAUGGACACGCCUGCUUUUUCAAUCACCCCUUCUGCAAGCUCUUUAGCAUCAGUAUUCCCGCGCUUAGACACCUUCCAAAAGCAACUUGGAUAUAAUAUUUGUACAGCAUCAUUCGGCGUGGGCCGACAGCAAUACCGCACUCCAGCUACCAGCCAGGUUCAAUCGCACAACGCUCAAAGCUUACAUCAUCGCAUUAGUUAAAGUCGCACACAUGUAUGUAAAAGCACUGCUAAUACUUAGGAAACAUUAGUGGCG